AUGGCCCUCAAGUCUUCGAAGAAACACGAUAAGGAAAAGAAAGUGAAGAAAGAAAAAAAAGAAAAGAAGGAAGACAAAGGCUCAGCAGCCAAAGGCUCAGCAGCCACUGCCCCAGCAAACCGGCCGCCUGCUAUCCGCAGGCUGAACUUGAAGACCUCCCCGCGCAGUGCAAAGCGCAAGCCCCUGUCACAGCCAGCAGCCGACCCCAAGCCCGAGAAGGAAGAGCAGAAGACAGAAGAGCCCAAAGCCCCAAAGGCCCCCAAGGCUUCCAAGCAGGCCCCCGAACAGACCAAGGAGCCUCAGUCGACUGAGAACCGUGAGAAGGAGCAGAGUGCUCCCAAAAGGGCCAAGAAGGAAGUCCCGGAAGCUCCUGCCGUUUCCCCGAAGGACCACCCAACGGCACUCAAAGACCUCAAAAAGCAAGAGAAGAAAGCAAGAGCUAAGGAAGAGAAGAAACAGAAGAAGCAAGAGAAGCGAGACAAAAAAGCCAAGAGCGAAGCGGAGGAAAGCGUUGUGAAGGAAGACCCCCCGAGUGCGGGUGAGGACAGCAAGAAGCAGGCUUCGGAAAGUGAGACGCCCGCGCCACGGAAGAACCUGCUGGAGCGGUUUGACACCCAGGACGCCGAAGUCAACGAGGAGUAUCUUGAGAAGCUCUUGCGGGAGAUGAGCGAGAGUCCUGGGCCGAUCAAUAAGAGCGACGACGAGGAGAGCUCCGGGGCCGAGUCGGAAGGAGAGGAUUCUGAGGCAUCCUCUCAAGGCGAAAGCUCCUCAGAAGAGUCUUCGAGCAGGGGCUGCGAGGAGCAGAGCGGCAACGAGAGCGACGACAAGGAGGCAAAGAGCCCCACGGCAUCUUCCUCUUCCGAUACGGAGGACGACGAGGAGGAAGAGGCAGCAGAUGGCAAUAGCACCAAGCAGUCCGCACUGGUGCCAGUAGCAAAGGCAGAAGAUGCGCAGCCAGGCACUUGCUUGGCUUUGGUAGCAGCGGGGGCUGAAAACGCAACCGCCGGCCAAGCCAACAGCACGACGAACAAGCGCGAGUGGGACGUGUUUACACGGGAGUGUCACAACCGGAAAAAGUUUCCGGUCGAGCUCGCGGACUACUAUGAGAAGUCAAAGACCGACAUGUUCAACUUGGUGAAAGUCACUGUGGAGCGCAUGCGAGAAAAGAAAACCACGGCAAGACAGGGAGCUCUUGCCAUGAAGAAGAGGGACAUCAUCAAGACCUACCCCGGCAGAGGAGAGGAGCUUUGCAAGAAGCUCCGGUCAUCAGGCCGGUUUUAUCGUGACGAGGAGUUCCCGAGCGACAGUGAAGAAAUUUUCUACUACGUGCGCCAGCCGAGGAAGGUGAAUGUGGAUGUGAUUGUUGGUGAGAAAGCAUCGAUGUCGGGCAGCAUGGCAGUGGAGGACAGUGCUGCAAUGGAGCAGAUGACCGGACAGGAUGGUGUAUUCGCUGCUGGUGCUUUGCCAGCAAUGAAGACGGACGGUGCAGCCGGAGGCAAAGCACUUGCCGAAGUGCUGGUUGAUGAAGCCAUCGAUAAGAAAAAAAGCAAAAAGAAAAAAACCGGUGAAACCACAGAGCCAGUCGAGCCGACCACCAUCAAGGACCAGGCUGAGGAGAUGGCAAAAGACAUGCUCAAGACGUCUGGGGAUGCUCGCAAGCUGUCUCUCAGUUUGCAGGGGCUUGAUAUGGCCGGGACGUUGUCAAAGGAUUUGGCAGCAUUCUCGAAAGAGUGCGAGAAAAUGUUCACAGAGGUGCAGAAAAGGCUGCGCAAAAAGAACCACAAGAAGAAGGACAAAAAGGCUUUCGCAGAGUUUGUGAAUGUUUCCAAAGAGAAGAUGGAUUGGUGGAAACAAGCCGAGGUAGCGGGCAAGGCUUUCACUUCCGCAGCCAACAGAAAGAAGAAGGCCAAAGCGAAGGCAUCGGGCGGCAAAGACGGACUGUUGCCGUUCACCUUUCAUUGUGACGGCGCAGAGUUCUAUAGCAACUCCGAGUUCAUGGUGUGGAGCUGCUCGUCCAUUUUCGCGACUGGAGAUGUUUGGGAUAUCAAGCUCCCUUGUGUUAUCGUGCCCCACGAGUUCAUGGCUGACAUUGAUGCGGUUCGGGAGCAUGUCCAUCGCCACGUGGCUCAGCUCAUGGCUUGGUCUAUGGACUGCGCCAUGCAGGGCAAGGGCCCAGAAGUGGGAUUCCACGGCGAGAAGUUCGAGAAUGGUUCCCUUCGCCAGAAGUUGGCAGGCUCAAGCAUCGGGGCAGCAUUCUUCUCGAUGAAAUACGACCUCAAGGCAAGGGUUCAGUGCAACUUCUUCACAAGGCACUACGGCUGCAACUUGGUGUGCGAGUCAUGCUUUGCCUGCAAACCUGGAAAGAAUACCGAGCCUUUGUUGACGUACCGGGACUUCAGUCUCUCUGCCGGCCACCGGUUGACCCGCUUUGGCCAUCGCGACUACUUGGCCCUGACGCCCCCGGAGGAACUGUCACCGUGGACAGCCAUGAAGGGUUUGUUGCCAGUUGCAGCAUCGCUUCAGGAAAGCUUGAGGAUUAGUUUCCGGAGGAAAUUCUUCACUCCUUCGAACACAGGCUUGGGAACCGCCGACUACCCGGAACUGUCCACCACCUGGAAGGCUGCGGAAAUCAAGAUUGUUGUCUGGCGGUUCCUGUUGCAGUGGCAGUUCUUGGCUGUCCACUUCCACUCGCUGCAGAAGAAGCGAUGGAAAAUACGAGGAAUCCUACCUCGGACAUCUCAAGAAGAUCGCAACCCAUUGCUCUUCGCCUCGAGUGAUGGAAAGAACUUUCCAACGCUUGCUUUUGCUGUGGGGCCUGAGAUGGCAACAAACACGUGA